AUGACUCUCGGCCACAACAUCGCCUACCAGCACCAGAACUGGCCGCUCGGGGUUCUCGAUAUUCGUCACCCCAGUGUUGCUCCUGACGCCGAGAUGCACGAGCUGCGCUUCUCCCGUAAUGAACGGUCGGACAAUCGCACGGCUCUCGCUAACCUCGCGUCUUCCCUUGUCAGGCAGGGCAAGAGGCGUAUUGCAUAUUGCAUAUCAGAAGACGACCGUUCAUCUGGAUGA